AUUUCAGAAAUGCCAGGCUUGCUGCAUGCAUGGCGGAUCAUGGUCUCCAUGACGCAAUAACUUAGCAAGCAAGAAGCAGAGGAACAAGUAGUAGAAACACCUCACCGUUGACAACUACUGGUGUACCCUUCGUUUUGGUACGUUAUUAUUUCCCAGGGAAGUCGUCUUCUUGGCUGUUGCAUAAUCCGACUGCCAGUCAACUUGAAGCAGUAGUGGUGCGUCAAGCCCCUCACUCGACUGCUAGUGACACGUGGUCGAUAGAUUCCUUGACUCUUAAUUUUUGGAUCUUGAGAUGUCUAAUAUAGUGGGUCAACCAGCUGAUUCGUCUUGUAACCAUGGCCAAGGCGAUCAUCCUUCACUACUAUUGAGCGUUCACCCUGGCGGAGAGAAGGCGCCGCAAUUCCCGGAACAGGUCAACAUGGAUGAGGAAGAACCUAUGGCGAGAAAGCGACUUUCAGGGGAUGAAGUCUCAAGUGGAAUGGAAGGCGAGGAUGAUGGCAGCGUCUAUUCAACGAUCAAGUCAACCUUCAGGAAGAUUUGGAGGAACCUUGGCGGUUAUGAGACACUAGCACAUGCUGAAUCUGAUGCAAAAGAACGCGCAGCAGGUGCUCUCACUGACGUAAAGGCCCCUACUAUUGCUGGUCGCAUGCGUGAAGAGGUAGAAGCCGUGGCUGACGCGGUCAAGGGGGGGAACAAUUAGCUGAUGAACUUUCAUGGUUCCUCCUACAGCUUGCACUUUUCUGUCCUCCCUGGUGCUUGAAGGUUGAUCUCUGUGAUUUCGUGCAGGGCUAGAGAUAAUUUUGACUGAUUCUUGUUUUCCAGAAUCAUGAAUGCAGCACUACCUACUAC